AUGCCCAGUUUAACCCUGCCAGAGUGUCCACACUACAUCCCCCCUCCAGGAACAAAGGAGGACUUGGAAUUUGCAGAUCUGCCCAUCAUCGGCCUUUCCAAAUCGCACACACCCGAAGGACGUGCAGAACUCUAUCCCCAGCUUCGGGAUGCACUACGCACCCAUGGCUUCAUCUGUGCCAUCAAUCAUGGUUACACACAGGCUGAGCGUGACAGGAUCUUCGACAUAGCUGGCGUUCCUUUCGACCACGUCUCCCCAGAUGAAAAGAAGACAUACACUGCCGAUGUCGAGAAAGUCGGGUACUACGCAGGUUAUAAACCUCGUCAAUUCUGGAAAGUCGACACAGAGAAUCAAAUUCUCGAUCAGAUUGAGCAUUAUGCAAUAAACCUCGAUGUCACAAAGCGUCCCCACCCUACGGCUCUGCGCCCAUUCCUUCCAGAGCUCGAUGAUUUUGCUCGCCAUAAUCACUUCAAUAUUCUUCACCCGAUCCUUCGCUUGAUUGCGUUAAGCCUCGAAUUGCCUGAGGAAACGUUGGUGGAAAAACACAACUUUGACCGAGCGGGAGAAACCUCUGUUAGGUUCAUGAAAUAUUAUAGGCGUUCGAAUGACGAGGAAGAGAAAUCGCAGAAUGUUUGGUUGAAGGGACACACAGACAUCGGAAGUAUCACCAUUCUAUGGAGCCAGCCUAUCGGCGGUCUGCAAAUCAUGGCUCCCGACGGCAAAUGGAAAUGGGUCAGACAUAUUGAUAACGGUUUGGUCAUCAACACAGGCGACAUGAUGACAUUCCUCACAGGCGGAUACUAUAAACCCACAAUCCACCGUGUCAUCCAGCCUCCCUCGGACCAACGCGCCUACGACCGUCUGGGUGCAUACUACUUCGCGAUGCCAGACAACGACGUUCGUUUGCUGCCGUGUGCUGAAAGUCCUGUGUUAAAGCUCGUUGGGAUUGAGCGCCAGUGUUUUGAUGAGGAUGCGCCAUCGUGCGAGACAUGGAGGAAGGGAAGGACGACGGCGUAUGGGAGGUCUGACCUUAAGAAAGGGGUGGAACGUGGUGUUGAGGAGGAGGUUAUCGAGGGUAUUGUGGUGAAGCAUUAUAACUGA